CAACAUAUCAGCUGUUUUCCGCUUGUUUUAUAAGUUGAAGAACUUCAUUUUCUGUCUUGAUUCUGUAAAUUUAGCAAAUUUGGGAUGAUCAGAAGCCUUCUGCGCAGCUUCGAUACGGCACUCAAGCUGCAUGCCGGCUCAAAUACUGCUCCACUGCACUACAGCAGGCGCCUACUCUUCUCGCAGUACGAAAACCGCGCCAGUCCAAGCAGACUGACCUCCAGUGGCACUUUGGGUAACAAUGAGACGGACAACGAUUAUGUGGCUUAUCACCAGGAUCGGGAGACGGGCACCAAGGCGCGGGUGCUCCUCGAAGCUCUGCGGGAACGCUUUCGAUUCACGGACGCUGAGCUCCAGAGGAUAAUCAGCGACGAGCUGGUGCACCGCAGCUACCGCGGUAAAUCGCUGACGCUGACCAUGGACACACUGCAGUUAGAGGGCGUUAGCAGGCGCAGCUUCGUGGAGUAUCCUUGGCUACUGUCGCUGGACAACAAACGCUUGGAGCUAAAGAUGCAGCUAAUCAAGUCAAUGGACUUUGAGGACAUCAAUCAUUUUGUGCCCUUCCUGCGCCUCACUGUUCCACGGCUCCGAAAACUGGUGGGUGCCCUGAACUCUGAGAGGGAUGCGAUGCCACAGCGAAAUCGGGUCUACUAUAUCAGCGAAAAGCUGCAGGUCAGCCCAGAUAUUGUGAGCAAAUACCUAUCGAAGAGGCUGUUUAUCCUCGAAAUGCCGUUCGAGAUGUUCGAAAAGAACCUGCAGCACAUGAUCGACUACAAUGUGUCGCCAAUAAACGUACUCAAGGAUCUCUGGGCCUUUCGCUAUACUCCAAAGUCUGUUCAGUUGCGCUUGGAGCGCGCCAAGCGAGCGAAGAAGGACAAGAUCAUGCCGUGGAUGGUGCGCUGCCCGGAGCCAAUAUUGCAGCGCUCCCUCAAGCUUUCUCUCGACGAACUGAAGGUUUUGGGAGAGUUCUCCUCCGUGGUGGAAUACUUAGCGCAUCGUCUUGGUUUCAGCACCAGUGAAGCCAAGGCAGUCAUGGACAAGCAUCCACAGGUGCACACCGUGCGAGUGACCAAGAUCAAAGAGGUGUUCGACUACUUGCUCGAUGAGGCCAAGUUUAGCAGAUUUGAGGUCGCACAAAAUCCUCGAAUUCUGUGCCACAGCCUGAAAACCACAAAGGAGCGCAUGGAAGAACUGAAAUCGCACGGUUGUCGACCAUCCUCUCUCGUAAUUCUUUGUCGCAGCCGGAGGGAGUACGACAAGUUUUUGCAGACCUGGAUAAGCCAUGAAAGAAAUCCGCAAAGUGUAUCAGAAGGAUGACGAACUGACGAAUGACCUGAUGCCAUCACCGUUAAAGUAAAAGCUUAAAAAGUUGUAAAAUUAGGAUACUAUUUUCAGAAGUUUGUCACAAAAUUGAUCACGAUUUAAAGCCAACAUUGCAAA